AUGUAUUCAUCUAAAGAUAUGUUUAUGGCUGGUUUCCGUUAUACUGGCGACGGUGAUACCAUUCGUUGUGACACAUGUCAAUUAGAAGUAUCUGGAUGGACUCAAGACAUGCAACCAAAGAUUGUGCAUGCUGAACGUAGUCCGAAGUGUCCAUUUGUUUGUUCGAUAGUAUCAAAGUCUUUCAUGGAAUCCAAUGAUCAAGAAAAUCCUACCAAACGUCAAAAAACAGAAUCAAAUUCUGAUCAAUGUAAAUAUAAUGGUAAAUUGAUGGAAGUAAACAAACUUAAGCAAAUACGUCGUCGAACAUUUUCUCAUUGGUCUCAUCAAAUAAAGCCAUCUGCUGAACAAAUGAUUGAUGCUGGUUUUUUUUCAUGCAAUGUCAGCGAUCGUGUUAUUUGUUUAUAUUGUAAUUUGAUUUGUCAACAAUGGAAAGCAGGUAUCGAUGAUCCAUCUGAAGUACAUAAAACUCUUUCGCCAAAAUGCCCAUAUGUUUUAUCAAAACUGAUACCAUCAGAACGAUCUUCUGCUGUGAUUCUAAAUGCAAUAUUAACAAAUAAUCUAAAUAAUCAAACCUCUGGAUUAACUAGUGCUGCACAACUUCAAUUUGAUCAAAUUGUUCAUACAACACCUUAUAAUCCUGCGUAUAGUGAUAUUACAAAACGUCUGCAAUCAUUUACAACAUGGUCUCAUGAAUCAUCACCACCAGUAGAUGAAUUAAUUCGAGCUGGCUUCUUUUAUACAGGUGCUAGAAAUAUUGUAACAUGUUUUUAUUGUAAUGGUUCAUUACAAAAUUGGAAUAUCAAUGAUAAUCCAUUAAUUGAACAUGUUCGAUGGUUUCCUCAUUGCGGUUAUGCAAAACAAGUGGGUGGUGAUGAACUUUAUCGAAAAAUUCAAGAAGCAAAACGAGCUCUACAAGACACUAAUAGAGCUAAUCCACGAAAUGAGAUAAGAGAAAAUGAUAAUUUAUUUGGUUCAAAUCAAUGUCAAUUACAAAUAAAUGAUCCUAAUAUAUUAUCACGUUAUGUCGCUGCUCGACUUGAUUUAUCGAGUUCGCAACAUUUACUUGAUCAAAACUUCAAGCUAUCAGUUAUAAAACGUUGUUGGGAAGAUCAACUACAAUUAAAAAAAGACGAUUUUGUCAACGAUAGUGAUCUAUUAGUAGCUUGUAUUGUUCUACAAAAGCAAAUUGAUCAUAUCCAAGGUAACAAAGACAAUAUCAUUAUUCCUAGUGUUCAGAUGAAGUUAAUUCAUGAGAAACAACAAUCUGCUUUAUCCUCUUCACCAACACAAACAAACGAUGACAAUGCUGAAGUCUUACAAAAUCAAUCAGUUUCUGAGACAUCUAAAAUCGAAGGAACAACUAUGGAAAGAAACAAAGAAAACUCAACCGUGUCAGAAACAAGUUCUACAAGGAUCUCGACAAUAGCUAAUCCUUGUAUUAUCUGCCAUCAAGACGAGAAACAGCUCGCUUGUAUCCCAUGUGGUCACUUAACAACGUGUGCUCAAUGUAGUCGUACGCUUCGAACAUGUCCAACAUGUCGAAGACAAAUCGAAGCAUUUGUUCGUGUUUAUAUUUAA